GUUAUCAUUAACAUCAAAACCUUGAGAAACAGUAAAGAGAAAGGAACUUUGUGCAAUAAAAUGUCAGUACAGUCUUACAUUCAAAUAAAUACUACACGACUUUUCUUUCCUAAAUUAUUGUCAAUUAGAUAUUUUCAAAUUUAUAAUGAAACUUUAUAGCGUUUCUGAUGGACCACCAUCUCUUGCUUGUCGUCAAGCUUUAAAAGCUUUAAAUAUUCAAUACGAAUUGAUCGAUGUAGAUUUUGGCAAGGGAGAACAUAUAACAGAUAAAUAUGCACAAUUAAAUCCACAAAAAGAGAUACCUGUAUUAAUUGAUGAUGAUCUUGUAAUGGGAGAAAGCAAUGCCAUUCUACAAUAUCUUGGUGAUAAAUACGAUAAAAUGGGAAAAUUAUAUCCGAAGGAUCCAAAAGCCCGUGCAAUAAUUAAUCAUCGAUUGUGUUUUAAUUUGGCUAUGUAUUAUCGUAAUAUUUCUGAAUACGUGAUAACUCCUAUAUUCUUCGAUUAUAAAAGAACUCCUCUGGGUUUGAAAAAAAAUGAAAAUGCUUUAGAUAUUUUUAAUACAUAUCUACAACGCGAAAAUUCAGAAUAUGCUGCGGGUAAUACACUGACUAUCGCCGAUUUCCCCUUAAUUACUGCAACUAUGUGUCUAGAAGUUAUCGAUUUCAAAUUAAAUACAUGGUCUUAUUUAGAAAAAUGGUAUAAUAAUUUUAAACAGAAACAUCCAGAAUUAUGGGAAAUCGCCGCAAAAGGUAUGCAAGAACUUAGUUAUUACGAGAAGAAUCCACCUGAUUUAUCUAAUAUAGAUCAUCCAAUCCAUCCAAUUCGUAAAAUUAAUAAGUAACAAACAAGUUAUAAGUGACAAACAAUUUCAUAUGUUAAAAAUGUUAAAAUAUUUAUAAAUUAUUUAUUAAAAUUAGAUGUCAAUAUAUCGAUUAUAUUUUAAUAAA